CCCACCCCAUGGACGAGCACGACGCGCCCUCCAAGACCGGCGCCGGCGCCACGAAGUUCCCGCCGGCAAAGCGCGGCCGCGACGCCCGCUCUCCCCAGGAUGCACAGCCCCACAAGGAGAGGUCCUCGAGUUCCAGAGACAGAAACCGGGACAGGGAGAGCAUCCGUGAACGUUGUGACUGGAGAAGGGAUCAGGAGCGCCACCAUCACGAGCACGGUGAAAGGAGUGAGAGAAGGGAGCACCCUGACUGUUUCGAUCAGCAUGACUACCAUGGGAGCUGUGGUCCUGACGCUGAAAGCAAGCAGGUGAUACUAAGUGACGCUAUGAAACCAUCAGAAGCCAUUCUUGUACCUGCUCCAGCUGCAACCCCAGAUCAGCCACAUAGACUUCCUGCUGCUAAUCCUGGGAUGAUCCCAAGCAACAGCAAGCAGGUGAGAUUAAGUGACGCUAUGAAACCAUCAGAAGCCAUUCUUGUACCUGCUCCAGCUGCAACCCCAGGUCAGCCACAUAGACUUCCUGCUGCUAAUCCUGGGAUGAUCCCAAGCAACAGCAAGCAGGUGAGACUAAGUGACGCUAUGAAACCAUGAGAAGCCAUUCUUGUACCUGCUCCAGCUGCAACCCCAGGUCAGCCACAUAGACUUCCUGCUGCUAAUCCUGGGAUGAUCCCAAGCAUGGCCCCAAACAUCAACUUACCUGCCCUAGGACAGCCACUAGCCAUGACACGGACCGCUCGGCGUGUUUACGUCGGUGGAAUUCCUCCAAUCGCCAAUGAACAGACGGUAGCCCAAUUCUUCAACCAAGUUAUGGCUGCUAUCAAAGGGAACACAUCUGGCCUAGGUAAUGCGGUUGUUAAUGUGCACCUAAACAAUGAGAAGAAAUUUGCUUUUGUUGAAAUGAGGUCUGUGGAGGAAGCAAGCAAUGCAAUGGCCUUGGAUGGUAUAAUGUUCGAGGGAGCAAGAGUUAAAGUUAGGAGGCCAACAGACUACAACCCUUCCAGGCAGCUGCAUUGGGUCCGAGCCAGCCCAAUCCCAACCUCAAUCUUGCUGCUGUUCACUUGCCUAGACAGGUAACCCGGCGCAGGCCGUGAUCCCAUGGCUCAUCCCAGCGGUGAUCCUGUCGUCGGCAAGG